GCCUCCGUGUGUUCCACCAACAUGGUUUCCAAGGUUAUGGUGGUUGUGGCUGUGGUGGUGGUAAUGAUAGGGGUGGUAUUUGGGGCGCCCCAAUACGACUACGACCGUGCCCAGGCGCCCAGUAGUUUAUACGAGACACCGCAGGAGCCGGUGAAGCCGCAGCAGCUGUACGGAGCUCCCUCACGCACGGUGAAGAAGCCGCAGCAGCUGUACGGAGCUCCCUCACGCACGGUGAAGAAGCCGCAGCAGCUGUACGGAGCUCCCUCAGACACAGUGAAGGAGCCCCAGCAGCUGUAUGAAGCUCCCUCAGACACUGUCCUCGAAGCCCAGCCACAGAACAUCGUUCCUCAAUCCGUCAGUCCUCCCCCGAUGGAGGGGAUGCCUUACGACUUCGAGUGGGGCGUCCAAGACCUGGAUAGUGGGAACACCUUCAGCCACGUGGAAAACAGCGACGGAAGCAUCACCCAGGGGGAAUACCGCGUCCUCAUGCCCGACGGUCGAACUCAGGUGGUCAAGUUCUUUGACAACGGCGGUGGCUUUAAUGCAGAGGUCACCUAUGAGAAGUAGACGCAGAAACGAGGUGACGCAGAGACGAGGUGAUGCAGCGAGGUGACGCAGCAACGAGGUGAAGCAUCGACUUUUUUUGCGUCACUUCUGCGUCAGCCCCAAUACGACUUUGGCCUCAUAGCAUCCCUCAACGGACCAGGAGCUAGACUCUAACCGUCAGUUUCAAAUAUUAAUUAUCAAACAUUGUGUCGUUCAUCUUUUUCUCCAGUAAAAACCUUCAACAAUAGUCUUGAGCAGGAAUUUUAUACAGAGAAUACCUUCCCAUCUGGGCAUAUAUACAUUGAGAUAUACAUACUUCUUAGCAUUGAGAGAUAUACAUCUCUAACCAUAUAUGCACUGAGAUAUGCACAACUUUCAGUAUAUAUACACAGAGAUAUGCACAACUCUCCUUGUAUAUACAGAUGAAUGUCUCAUGGUGUAUUUUCCUUCUAUACGUAACUAUUUUUUCUCACAGAUGGACAUCCUGUAUGAAUGUAUGUAAAUUAUUUUCUUAUG